CUGAACCUAGACCUAAAACUGAACGGGGGCACCGAGUGUGGCGAUGGAUGAAUGGCAGAAGGCAGUUAUGAGAGAAGCGUUUGGCGAUUCAUCGGGAAGUGAAGAAGAGGAAGAAGCAAUAACAGAGGACGAAGCGAGAGGUGGAAGCGGCGAUAGAUCGAAGCGGCUGGUUCCAAUCUGGGAGGCAGUCGUCGAAAUCAGAGGACUAUGGCUGUGCACAGACUUCCUGUCUCCACAGCAACAGUCGCGCCUCCUUUCCGCCCUCCGCCGCGAAGGAUGGCUCGGUGAAGGUUCUAACAAUCAGGUGAGGAUUGGUGUUGUUCCAUAUCUCUCAUUCGUUUGACCUGAAGGCAGUUACUGAUAAGUCCCAACUCCAAAAGGCUAUGAGGUUUGGGAAUCUUCCAUGGUGGGCAACUGAGCUUUGUAAUUCUGUACGCGACGCGGUGGUUCUGGCUGAAGAGGCUGCAGGAGCUAGGUUGCUGCCGCCAGACAUUCUGUGGAGACAGCCACUGUUUGACCAAUUAAUUGCAAAUGUGUACCAGCCAGGUGAGGGAAUCUGUGCGCAUGUUGAUCUGAUGCGUUUUGAAGAUGGAAUUGCUAUCGUCUCUCUGGAAUCGUCGUGUGUGAUGCAUUUCAGCAAUGUAGAACACGAAGAGGGUAGGGAGGACGCGGAGGAGGAUGAAGAGAGGGGGAAGGUUGGAAAGGUUCCUGUCUACUUGCCUCCAGGAUCUCUGGUUCUGUUAUCUGGAGAUGCACGCUACAGUUGGAAGCAUGAGAUCAAUCGGAGACCAGGUUUUCAGUUUUGGGAAGGGAAGGAGUUGAAUCAGAAACAGAGAACCUCCAUAACCUUGAGAAAGCUUUGCCCUGUAGACUAGUUUGCAAGAUUGUGACCUUAAGAAAGAAGUAUAUCAAGUUCACAAAACCACUGUAAAACUCUGCAGGCAUCCCCAAGGCUUUUCCUACCAUAACUUGAGGGUGUUACACAAUUAUGCUGCUUCAUUCGGUUCCUCGCGAGCUAUUGUCGUAGUAUA